AUGCAUCCGGAUAGUCAAAAUGCAAUUGACUCGGUCACGGCGGCUUCGGUAGUCGAGUUCGUCCAACAUAUAGGAUACCAGGUGGAGAAGAGACCGGUGAAAUAUGCGGAACUAAGCCAGUUUUAUGAAAUUAUUGCUGCUGGUACGGCGGCGGCUCUGCUGCCGUACCGCAGCAGUGACCAGAAUCAAGGUGGCAAUGUCUGUGUCAAGCUCCUACAAAAGCUUUGA